AUGAGAACGUUAUUACACGGAUUGCUAUUUCUAUGUGGUGUGGCACUCGCCUCACUUGUAGAGGUGGAUGACUCGAAUUUUGAAAGCCUAGUUUUUGGCCAGCCGGGCAAAUACUCGUUUGUUUACUUCUACGCUCCCGGAUGCAAGCAUUGUCUGGAUUUGGAACCCCAUUUUGAACCGUUGGUGGAUUUGUACGAGGGUACAAAUCUCCAAAUCUUCAAAAUAAAUGGUCGUACGAACAAGAGAGUCCGUGACAAGUACCAGCUUUUUGGAUAUCCCACUCUCAAGCUCUUUUCUUCGCAAGGAGACGAUAUUGGAGCAUACACAGGUAUUCGGACGACCGCGAAAAUGAUCGAGUACCUGCAAGAUGCAACGGGGAUUCAUCCAAUAUACCCACCAAAGACCGUUGUCGAAGUCUCACCGGAGAACAUCGACCAAGAACUUUUCGAGAAAUUACAGAAUGACGUGUUGCUCGUUUUUUACGCUCCGUGGGCUGAACGAUGGGACAAUGCCCAUAACUCUUUUUACGAGAGAUUAGCACAGUAUUACAAAAAUGAGGUGAAGGAUGGAACACUUUUCAGAGCGGUAGACGUUUCCAAGGCCGAAAACAAUGUUCUGCUGGCACGAUUCAAGGUCACGAAAUACCCUACUCUUUUCUAUUUCCCUAAAAAUCGUGAGCACAAUGAAAAACCGUUUAAAUUGGAUCACGACGUGGGCCCAGAGGAAAUCGUCGAGAUGCUGAUGGGGUCGGAUGUUGGACAAACAGAAUUUUCACUAGUGAACAGUUUGGAGUCUACCGAGGUCGAGGAAGAUAUUGAGGACGACGAUGUGAAUGCUCAGUAUCGCGAUCUCUGA